AUGAGUACGUUUGGAGAUCAAUCUGGAUAUUCAAAGCGAAAGCCUGGCCGUCGCAGUAUUUCAAUGGAAAAGAUAGAAAAGAAAAGCAACCUUCAAGUGACUUUCUCUAAGCGUCGAGGAGGGUUGUUCAACAAAGCAAGCGAGCUUUGCACUUUAACAAGUGCAGAAGCUGGUGUGGUGAACAAUGGUGAUCAAUGGAGGGAGGGUCGUGAUUUGGCCCGGAUACAGCAAAGUGAGCUAGAUGCUCUGGCCCGAGUCGAGGCAAGGCUAGCUGCUGAGAAAGUACGGAGAGAAGAGCUGGAGAAGUUUAGGAGGGAGAGUAUGAUACCCCUUGGAGGAUCGAGUCUGGAGGGACUCGGAUACAAACAACUACAAUUGUUGAAAGAAAAUAUAACAAAUUUCGGAAAAGAUGUGAAGAAUAUGUCUGGGGAAAUGCUUGUUCCUCCACCAGAACCCAACAUAAGCAUGAAUUAUCCAUUUGGAGUGGGGCCAAGGACCAUGGUUCCAUAUAAUCCAUUGUCCAGACAAAGUGGCAGUGGCAACGGUAGCGGCAGCAGCAGUGGCGACGGAAAUAACAAAGACAAAGGCAAAGGCAAAGUCUACGACCAAGACUAUCAUAAUGGUUGGUAA